UCCUAAAUUUCUGGACCGCCAUGAGCGCAACCACAUCCAAGCUGCCGCCGCACCCAUCGACGCUCUUCCCGGAACUGAGACAAUGCAAGACCAUGCGAGACCUGAAGCAAGUCCAAGCCAUGCUCAUCAAAACCGGCCGCAUUCACGACCCUCUCGCCGCCGCCGAAGUCCUCCGCCUCUGCGCGCUGUCAGACCCACCUUUUCGCGACCUCCGCCACGCUCGGCUCGUCUUCCGCCGCAUGGACCCGCCACCCAAUUGCUUCUCUUGGAACACGCUCAUCCGAGCGCUCUCUGAGGCCGAGGACGAGGCCGACCUCCUCGAGACUUGGUUGCUGUUUCGCCAAAUGCUGGAGAGCGAGUUCGUGGAACCUAACCAUUUCACGUUUCCGUCCGUUCUCAAGGCCUGCGCUCGAACCGGUCGGCUCGAAGAAGGAAAGCAAGUUCAUGGUUUGGUUGUGAAGUACGGUUUGGAUUGCGAUGAGUUCGUUGUCAGCAAUCUUGUACGAGCUUAUGUUAUGUGUGGUGAGAUGGAUGAUGCUUACGUUCUGUUUAAGGGGAGGAUUAUCGUGAAUAAUGCGAGGCAAUUAGGUAAUGUGGUGCUGUGGAAUGUGAUUAUCGAUGGGUAUGUGAGACUUGGGGACCUUAGAGCUGCGCGCCACCUGUUUGAUAAAAUGCCGCAAAGAAGUGUGGUGUCGUGGAAUUCAAUGAUUUCUGGGUAUACGCAGAAUGGUUUCUUCAAGGAAGCAAUAGACAUGUUUCGGCAUAUGCAGAUGGCAGAGUUGUCCCCGAACUAUGUCACGCUCGUUAGUGUUCUUCCAGCAAUUUCACGGCUUGGGGCACUUGAACUGGGCAAGUGGGUACAUUUGUAUGCAGAGAAAAACAAUAUUGAACUCGAUGAGGUGCUCGGUUCUGCUUUGAUUGAUAUGUAUUCGAAGUGUGGGAACAUUGAGAAGGCACUUCAGGUUUUUGAGAACCUACCAAAAAGAAAUGUAAUCACUUGGAAUGCCAUUAUUCAUGGCCUUGCCAUGCAUGGCCAAGCAGAGGAUGCACUUGUUCAUUUCUGGAGAAUGGACCAGAUGGGGGUAACGCCAAGUGAUGUAACAUAUGUUGCCGUGCUGAGUGCAUGCACUCAUGCGGGGUUAGUGGAGGAAGGCAGAGUGAUCUUUGACCACAUGGUUAGGGUUGUGGGGUUGGAACCUAGGAUCGAACAUUAUGGUUGCAUUGUUGAUCUCUUAGGCCGUGCUGGGCUUUUGGAAGAGGCUGAGAAACUCAUUCUUGAAAUGCCUCUUAAACCAGACGAUGUGAUAUUGAAGGCAUUGUUGGGUGCUUGUAAGAUGCACGGGAACAUUCAAGUAGGAGAACGCAUAGCAAGACUGCUAAUGGACAUGGCUCCUCGUGACAGUGGAGCUUACGUGGCUCUGUCGAACAUGUAUGCCGCCUUAGGAAGUUGGGAGGCAGUUGCUGGGGUUAGGUUGAUGAUGAAAGAGAUGGAUAUAAGGAAGGAUCCUGGAUGUAGCUGGAUUGAGAUUGACGGGAUUAUCCAUGAGUUCCUUGUGGAAGAUGAGUCCCACCCAAAAGCUAAAGAGAUCCAUUUGAUGCUAGAAGAGAUCUCUAGGAAAUUGAAGUUGCUUGGUUAUACACCAGAUACUUCACACGUCUUCCUUAAUGUGGACGAGGAGGGGAAGCAGAGUGCCCUGUACUAUCACAGUGAGAAAAUUGCAGUUGCCUUUGGCUUAAUUAGUACAGCCCCGCAAACACCACUUCGGGUGGUUAAGAACCUACGGAUAUGUGAUGACUGUCACUCCUCAAUGAAGCUUAUUUCUGAGAUUUAUAAUCGCAGGAUAACAGUGAGAGACCGGAAUCGCUUCCACCAUUUCGAGAAUGGAUUGUGUUCUUGCAUGGAUUACUGGUGAUGUCUUAAUGGAGGUAUUCAUUUAAAGUUAAGUCUUUCUUAUUGCUAUUUGUUAAGAUAUAAUUUCAUAUAGGCAUAGGAAAGAUGUUCUUCCAUUCCUCAGUCCCUUUUGACGACUUCUUUUUCUUCAACAUUCAGUAAUAGACAGCAUCAGGAUAGUUGGCUA